CCAUAUCUUGGUAUUCAUCCUCCACUUUGGAUAUUUUUCUUAUGCAUCGUCAUACGGAAUUGAAUCGGCUCUACGAUUGACUCGAUUUUAACAUUAAUAUAUUUACCUCUCUUCUUAAUUAAUACCUCUAUAUUUGGAUUUGAAAGGGCAAUCUCUGCAUGCCAAUAGACAUGGAUUCGCCCACCUCGGAGGUACGAACCGAGUCGAGAGCCGCGAGGAAACCCAAACGCAAUCGAGUUCUUCGAACUUAUGGAAAACGCACUUCAACGAGUGAACCGCCACAACCUACCCCGAAAAGGCGAUGCAUCGAGGAUAUCAACAAAGCUAUAAUAUCGAACGAUGAGGCAAUAGAGUCGACAUGUGAUGCCGGCAUUCCCCCUUCGCCUAUACUACCUCCCGUUCAACCUAUAAGGAAAGGCACGAUUAUGAGCUACUUCAAUGUGGUUUCUUCGUCGAGUCGCGCGCUCAAUUCGUCGGAGCCAUCCUCUGAGCCAGUUGAUCCCAUAAAUACACCUCCAUCAUCCCCUCCUAUGCCUACCCUGCCGCGGAAGAAUCGACGAAGACUCACCACUCGUAUAACAUCUCGAGCUACAUCGGAAGAAUCGAACGCGGGAGAGACGAUAAAAAAGGAUGGAGAAAAGGAAAGAACGAAUGACGUUGAUAUUGGGUCGUCCAUGUUGUCCACCGGCUCAGCAGCAGUUUUAUCAGAAGUUUCCUCGGAGAUACUCAACCUACCGGUCACAGAGCAAACAAAUCUGCCAGACAUUAAGAAGUGCGAACGGAGCACGAAGAAGGCUUCCAAACCCGCUACAGUACAAACGACGUUAAGUCUUUCAAUGGAAGAUAAAGGGUUCAUUGAAUGCAACGAAUGCAAUAUGCUAUACAACCCUCUACACAAGCAAGAUGCGAAAUGCCAUGCUAGGCGUCAUGCGGCAAUGCUCAAGGCGAAAUCGAGUAUCUAUGACAAUAACGAAAUAUUGGAUUGAAUGGCAUCAUCUCAUUAUGAGGAACCACACCGCCGUUCAACCUAUUUAUCAUAAUAAUCAAUAUGCAGCUUUAAGCCGUCCAACUUAAAACAUAAGUUAGCUAACAAAUACAUCUACCUACUUAGGAUGUGAAUAUUUUUAUCUAUGAUAGGAGGGAUACACGCUGAGUGGUAGAGCAAAUAUCGUACUGUUUACGAAAUAUGCGGUAUCGACGCAUUCCAAUUCACCCUCUAUUCGAUGUGCCUAGGCCGAUAUCACAGCGGACGGGGCGUCUUUCCUAUCGGAAUACCCAGCACUAUUGUUAGAAGCAGAGUUUGAGGUCACCUUCAUACACCCGCACGAUCAUCCGCAGCAGAAAGAUUGGGAGAAAAAAGUAAAAGUACCGCAAAAGGGCGUUUGCGCAGUUUGACGUCCAUUGAGGGAUAACGACCUCCGAAGUCGCU